GACGGAAACGUCUCUCAAGAUUCACUCUGGGAUCUUUGCACAUAUUCUCCAGUCAGGCCAGCAGCAGAUUCUUCUUCUGAACUUCCAGACCAGCUGCACCCUGUGGAAGAGUUUUCCAGCUCUGGGAGAGACUCCUCAUCAUCAUCUUCAGACAUCAGGUGUCCACCCAGAGGUCCAGACCUUCGACAUGACACCCUCAGGAGACCUCCUCUUCUUCUCUGGUCAGCAGCUCCAAGUGGCUUGUGAGGUGAUUCUGGAUAUGUCAGGAGAGGAAGUGAGCCCAGACAUUGUUUUCAUGGAGACAGAAGAUUCUCCAUCAGUGGAUGAAGAUCAGUGGUCCAUGUUGGAGCCCAGUCCAGGUGAGUUUGAAUCUCUCCUUGAUGUUGACCUCAUCAUGGUUCUCUCCUGCAGAUUCUAGCCAGAACUCUUCUGAGUCGGACCAGGAUGAGCCAGUGUCUCAGGAAGACUUGUUUUCUGCAUCUGAAUAUGUGGAGGACAUUUACUGGAACUUGAGGGCCACAGAGGAGCGGUUCAGACCAAAGCCAGGCUACAUGGACCAUCACCCACAGACCUUGGAGAACAUCAGGCCCUUCACAGUGGACUGGCUGACCCGAAUCACCACAGACCUCGGGCUCGACACAGAGACUCUGCAUCUGACCAUCAACUACUUGGACCGGAUCUUCUCCAAAUCCAGAUCAGUGAAACUACAGGACCUGACUCUGAUCGGAACGACUGCUCUGUUCAUUGCUACGAAGCACCAGAGCAGGAACCCCCCAGAGGCUUGGGUGUUUGUCCCACGAGAUGGAAGCUACACAAAGAAAGAGUUUUAGAGAUGGAGUGGCGUCUCCUCAAAACCCUGGACUUCACUCUGUCAGCCACCACGUCCUACACCUUCCUUCACAUCUUCAUGUCCAUCUACCCUGUUUGUGAGACCACACAGAACCUGGCGGUGUUUCUGGCAGAUUUGAGUCUGAUGGACGUGGACUUGUUGGUGCGACACGACUCGUCUAAAGUGGCAGCCGCAGCUCUGUUCAUGGCCAACUACAGGGUCAACAGAGAGAACUGGCCUGAAGACCUGGAAAACUUCUCUGGUUACUCCUUGGAGGACCUCGCCGAGUGUAUGGAAACCAUGUACAAGCUGGAGCUGCUUCACUCAGAGCUCCCUCUACAGGCCAUCAGGUCAAAGUUCACAAAGGCAAUGUCUGUGGUCCAGUGUUGUUCACCAUCUUCACCUGUCUGCACAGCAUCGAUCUACAACUCAGUGUUCUGACCGAGCUGGACUGGAUCUGAACUCACGUUCAACUGUUUUUAAACGUGUUUCUUUUGGCAGAACGUCACCUGUGUGGAACACAAGAGUCACUGUUUCUGCAGCCCAUUUUUAAAGGAGGAUUAUAUUUUUGCUCUUUGUACAUAUUUUAUUAUUUUAUAUUCUAUAUGAGAUUUUU